AUGUCAAGUUCAUUGCAACCAGGAAACAAAAUCGAAUGUUAUUUUAGUGACAUUAAGCCAAUUGAAGUAUUCAAAUACCCUAGUCAAGCCUCACGAAUUAUUUGGGGUGUCAAUUCAAAUAAUAUUUUACAAUCAUCAUUGCAAAUAUUAGACUUUAUUAAAACGAGUAAAAUACCUAUCCAAAUGGCACUUUAUCUGAUUGAUAUUUUUUCACAAAUUCGUGUUAAAGAAAUUAAAUUGUUUUCGGAACUUUAUCAAAAGUUAUCAAACGCAUUCCCACACAUGUACGAACCGAAAAAUAAGAAGUUAAUCGAGCUAUUACAUUAUCAAUUUGAAAAUUCUGAGCAGAAAAUAGAAGAAAUUCUUAAUUUAUAUUCAACUGAAUCUCCUUUAUUCUACAUUGCAUGGGAUAAAGUUGAUGAUCUUAAGAAUAAAUUCCCAAAUCUUGAUAUCAAUAAUAAUAUAGAUCAAGAAAUCACACCACUUGGUUGUGCAAUUAAAUAUGGAUCAGAAUUGUGUUUCAAUUACUUGAAAAAAUUUAGGAGCUCAAUACACUAA